AUGGCGUCAGUACAGCAACUAUUCUCUCUGGAAGGCCAAACGGCUCUCGUAACAGGAGGGACUCGAGGCAUCGGACAAGCCAUGGCCGUCGCCCUGGCAGAAGCCGGCGCAGACGUCCUGCUUGUUCAGCGCUCCGAAGCCUCCCAAGAAACCAAACUCCUAAUCGAGGCCCUGGGCCGCAAAUCCGCCAUCUACGUCGCCGACCUCGCCGACAACGCCUCCAUCUCCUCCCUCGUCCCCCGCAUAACAGCGGACGGCCACACCAUCUCCAUCCUCCUGAACUGCGGCGGGAUCCAGCGACGGCACCCCGCGCACCAAUUCCCCGACGCCGACUGGAACGAAGUCCUGCAAGUAAACCUCACGACUGUCUUCACGCUGUGCCGCGACGUCGGGGCACACAUGCUCGCCCGGCAACCUGACGUACACGGCCGGCGCGGUAGCAUCAUCAACAUCGCCUCGCUGCUGUCGUUCCAAGGCGGCAUCACGGUGCCGGCGUACGCGGCGAGCAAGGGCGGGGUGGCUCAGCUAACCAAGGCGCUGAGCAACGAGUGGGCGGGGAAAGGGAUUAGCGUCAAUGCGGUAGCGCCGGGGUAUAUUGCCACGGAGAUGAAUAUCGCGCUGAUGCAGGAUAAGGAGCGGGCGACGAGUAUUUUGGCCAGGAUUCCGGCGGGGAGGUGGGGAAGGCCGGAGGACUUUAAGGGGAGCGUAGUGUAUUUGGCAAGUAGAGCUAGUGGGUAUGUUUCGGGGGAGGUGUUGACGAUUGAUGGGGGGUGGAUGGGGAGGUGA